AACUGUUUCCUAUAUAUUCUCUUCCUUCACUUUGCUUCAAUCAAUCAAUAACAAUGGCUUCUACAAAACUCUUGGUUGCUCUUCUCUUCUCUCUAUCUCUUCUCUCUCCUUUCACUUCAGCUGAAUCUACCAAUUUUGAGUAUUGCAAUAAAAGGGCCAAUUAUGAUGUGAAGGUCAGUGGAAUAGAUAUAACACCCUAUCCUGUUAGCGGAGGUAAAAAGACCACAUUCAGUAUUAGUGCAAACACAGGUAAGAGUCUCACUGGAGGAAAGCUGGUGAUUGAUGUCAACUAUUUGUUCUUUCAUGUCCACCACGAGGCCAUCGACCUUUGUAAAGAGACAUCUUGCCCAGCUUCCGGUGAUUUCGUGAUUUCCCACUCACAAGAGUUGCCUGGAUUUACUCCACCUGGAUCAUACACACUUACAAUGAAGAUGGUGGAUGAAAAGAAUAAGGAACUGUCAUGCAUAAGUUUUGGCUUCAGCAUUGGGUUCAUAGCUGAAUCCCAGGCAUUAGCAGCAUCUAGCUAGGUGGUCCAAGGACUUAGUGACAAAUAAUGGUUUAUCAAUUAUGUAAUUAAAGUGUCUUAAAGGAGUUUCUGUUUCUGCUUAAUGUAUAAUACUUGUAUUAUGUGGUCUAUGGCAUUUUCGUGUACUUCUUUAUACGGUAAUACCAGUGCCACUGGUUUUCUCAGAGAUUCAAGAAAAAUAUGUUUCUUUGUCCUA